AUGAGAAGACGGGGGUCCAGUGUUUCCGACAACAAGGGACGGCGAUCGCGAGCGGGCUCGAUCACGUCGACGACCUCGGCCGGCACGGCGACGAUCGACUCGAUCGUUCUGGAAGAGCUGAAGCCAAGGGCCAGAAGCAGGUCGUUGGGCGAGCUCACCCAGGUGAACGUUGAAGUGUCUAAGCCUGUGAUGUACCCCUUUUCCGAGAGGGAAAGAGAGACCUUAUGGAGCCAGUACACGCAGGACUACACAAGCGACUGUAUAAUCAGCGUUGACGACCAAUGCACGAUAGACGAGGCCACGAGCCAAGAGGUGCUGGAGUUCCAAAACUAUCUGCGCUACAACUACGAGGAAAAUAAGCAGUUUCUGAAGGAAACAAACGCGAUAAUCCAGGAUCUGAACAAGCUGCUGGUUAUCGGAGACCAGGUCACGUUGCAAACCGUGGAUUUCCAGAAGAAGUCGACACAGCUGAUUGUGGAAAUCGAGCAGCUCAACAGACUGCACGAGGACAUUUCCGGCAACCUGACGCUCUUUGAGUCGCUCGACCCGAUUGUGCAGACCCUCAACACCAGCAGCAGCGGGUCGAUCGUCGCGAAAGACAGUUUCCGCCACGAUAUCCUCGAGGAGCUGGACCGGUGUCUUAUUUUUGUGCACGAUCCAAAACACUCCACUUUCAAGGAGAUUGGCAUCUACAAGCAUAGAUUCAAACAGUGCAUGAUCAGGGCUCUCACGCUGGUGAAAAACUACAUCACCACGGCGCUCCGCGAGCUCGAAGCGGAACUGCAGCUGAAAAUCACAGAGAAAAAGAAGGAGCAGGGAACGAUCUCUGCCAGCAUCUCCGUCAUGGUGGACGCGUUUGUGUAUAUCCAGUUUGAGGAGGACGCUGCCAAGUACACCGGGCUGUUUGAGGAGCUGUACACACGGGCAGUCAAAACGCAGGACCAGGAGUACCUGGGGCUGCUAAAUGACUGCUACAACCAAUACUUUAGAUCCCGUUCCAAUUUGCUCAGCUCCAUCGUCCAGCAACAUGUCUCAGCACAGGACACUUCCAAAGACUGCAUACAACUGGCCCAGAGCAACAUCUCGUACUUUAUCAAGCUGAUGGAGCGCGAGUACGACAUAUUCAAAAGGCUUUUUUUCCUGCCUCCGCAGAAAUGCAACAACGACGUGGAUAACUCCACCAGCAUACUGUCGUUGUCGAAAUGGUUUGAGGAGCUGCUGGAUCCGCUGUACUAUUUGCUGAGAAACAAGAUUAUUCGCGAAAAGAGCAUUUUAGAGCUCUGCGAGCUCAUCUCGAUUUUACAGAACUACUACGACGUGGAGGAGUUCGACGCCGGCGACCAGGCAGAAGAGUCGGAUAUGUACCACCACGACGCGCCGUUGCAGGAGAAGAUCCAGCUGGGCGAGCUGUUCCGGCCGAUCUUGGAAGACGCACAGACAAGACUCGUGUUCAGAGUGCAGGUGUACGUGGACCAGUACAUUGUGAGCUAUAAAAAAACAGGCAGAGAGCUGACGAUCGGGCAUCGCCGCAAAAACGGCGUCGCCGACCCCAUUGCCGAGGAGCCCCUGCCGCAACCAGACGGAGAGCUGCGCGGCGACAGCAUUUUCUCGCUGGACAACACUGCGCUGGCGCCCCAAAACCUCGAGUUUGUGUAUCCGCCUAUCGUCAACGCCGUCCAGCUGUUGAUGAAGAUCUACCAGCUGCUGAACCCAAGCGUGUUUGACGAUCUUGCCAAUGCGGUUGUCCAUUUGUCGAUAUUGUCGUUGCACACGAAUUUCGGCAACGUCCCUGGUAUUGAGUCCAAACUGUACGAGAUUAAAAACCUCAUGUUUUUGCGAGAGUACAUCUCCACGUUCGAGAUAGAACACGCGCGCCGCGAAACAAACUUGGACUUCAGCGGGAUCAAAAAGAUGUUCAGCAGGUUCAUACGCGGCGACAAUACCAAACAGACCAUCGACACGAAUUUCUCGGCCGCGAAUGCUGCCAACCCUGAGCGGAACCGGUUUAUGAACUUGUUGCUGGGAUCGGUUCCGCGGGUGGUGAACGACUACGUGGACUGUCGGUACGAGAUUCAGAUGGCGCUCAGAAACGCCGUGCACGAGUUCAUCGACGAGUCGGCCAAGCCGUUCACCAAACCACUGGAGCUCUAUCCGCAGCAGUCUUUGCGAACCGUCAUGGAAAAGUUUAUGCGGACGCUGAAAAACGAGCUGCCCCGUCUCAAACCACGCAUUGUGGCGUACUUGCACGACGACAAGAUCUUGAGCUUUCUGCUGGACGGAAUUCAGGAGACCGUGAUGAAGGCGUACGAGCAGUUCUAUUCCAGGGCAGAGACCGAGAAAUCUCAGGAUAUCGAGCAUCUCGUGGACGUGGACGUGGUGAUCUCGAUAUGGGCGGACCAGAUCAGCGAGAUGAUUUCGCUGGAUGACCCAGAACUCGACCUGGACGUGUACUCUGACGACGAACAGCUUAUGAGCGAAAACGGAGACGUCAGCAACCUGAACCUCAAUUCGCUAAGAUAA